AUGGCAACUACUUGGCGAUUUGCACUUUUUCUGUCCGUGUUGCUGAUGGUGUCCCGAGGCCCGAGCCUCGCCAGUGAGGCAGGCGCUAAGUCGAGCGGUCAUCAUGAGGACACCUCAAGCUCAAACUCGACCUCUGCGAGCGGGAUGGACUCGGGCCAUGACACGACCGGACACACCGGUCAUGAUGACAGUGGUCAUGGAGGAGGGCCCAUCACCACCCUGCCCAUUGUGACCUGGAAGUGGUCCCAUGUUUCCGCCCCGUACAAGGUGGCCCUGUGGAUCCUGGUCCCCUGGCUCUGCAAAAUCAUCAUUGAGGCUAACCACCAUGUGACCAGUGUGAUCCCAGAGAGCGCCCUGCUCAUCUGCUUCGGCUUCAUCCUGGGUGCGAUGAUUUGGGGUGCAGACAAGGCACAGACAUUCAAGCUGACCCCAACAGUGUUCUUCUUCUACCUGUUACCUCAAAUCAUCCUUGACGCGGGCUACGCCAUGCCAAACAAGCUCUUCUUCAGCAACUUGGGGGGCAUCCUGGUCUAUGCGAUCAUCGGGACCUGCUGGAACGCUGCCAGCUUGGGGCUGUCGCUGUGGGGGUGUCACCAGGGAGGAGCCAUGGGCGACCUGGACAUCGGCCUGCUGCAGUAUCUUCUUUUCGGCAGUCUGAUUGCUGCUGUGGAUCCUGUAGCCGUCAUCGCCGUGUUUGAGCAAGUCCACGUCAACGAGGUCCUCUUCAUCAUGGUUUUUGGAGAGUCGCUGCUCAACGACGGUGUGACAGUGGUGCUCUUCAAUGUAUUCGAUGCGUUUGUGUCACUGGGAGGAUCCAAAAUUAAUGCUGUGGAGAUCAUUAAAGGAAUAAUUUCCUUCUUUGUGGUGGCGUUUGGCGGUUCCCUCUUGGGCUUUGUGUUUGGCCUGCUGGUCUCUCUGCUGACCAGAUGCACUAAAAACAUCCAGAUCAUCGAGCCAGGCUUCGUCUUUGUCUUGGGAUACCUCUCCUACCUGACUGCGGAGAUGCUCUCCCUGUCUGCCAUCCUUUCGAUCCUCUUCUGUGGUAUAUGCUGCCAGAAGUACAUCAAUGCAAACAUGGACGAGAAGUCUGUCAGCACAGUCAGAUAUGCCAUGAAGGUCCUCGCUAAUGGGUCAGAAACCAUCAUCUUUGUCUUCCUCGGCAUCUCGGCCAUUGACAAGUCAAUCUGGGUGUGGAACACGGGCUUCAUCCUCCUCACGCUCCUCUUCAUCAUUGUGUAUAGAUGCAUUGGUGUCUUAUUCCUCACCUGGAUCCUGAACAAGUACAGAAUGGUCCCCAUAGGGUUCAUAGAUCAGGUGAUUCUGAGCUACGGCGGUCUGCGAGGGGCCGUUGCAUACGGCCUGGCUGUGAUGCUGGAUGAGGACAAGAUAAAGGAGAAGAAUCUGAUGAUCAGCACUACUCUCAUCGUAGUCUACUUCACCGUCAUUUUUCAGGGAAUAACAAUGAAACCUCUGGUCACGUGGCUUAAAGUGAAGAGAGCUGCAGUAGUGGAGCUCACACUCAUAGAAAAAGUGCAGAACAAGGUGUUUGAUCACUUGCUCGUUGCCAUAGAGGACAUAUCCGGACAAAUAGGACAUAACUACAUGAGGGACAAGUGGAAUAAUUUCGAAGAGAAGUGGAUGUCGAGGGUCCUGAUGAAGCCGUCGGCGAGGAAGAACCGCGACUACGUCUUCAACGUCUUCCAUCAGCUGAACCUCAAGGACGCCAUGAGCUACGUGGCUGAGGGUGAGCGCAGAGGCUCUCUGGAGUUCGUGCGCAAUGAGACCGCGAUCGUCGACUUCAAGAAAAAGUUGGGGGACGACUUCGCAGAGGUCAUGCCCGACAUCACGGCUGACACGUCGGACGAUCACGGCGCAGUGCCCAACGUGAGAAGAGACCCCGUGCCAUCAGUGAGCUUGGAAAUGCAUGAGCAGAACAUGAAGGGAACGAGGGGCACUGAGGAAAUUAACACUCACCACCUGCUGCAGCAGCAUUUGUACAAGGGCAGGAAACAGCACCGGCACAGGUACAGUCGGAGUCACUUCGACGUCAACAAGGAUGAAAACGAGGUGCAGGAGAUCUUCCAGAGGACCAUGAGGAGUCGUCUGGAGUCCUUUAAGUCUGCGAAGAUGGGCGUCGCUCCGCCGAAGACCAUUACCAAGCACCCAAAGAAAGACCAGCAGCAAAAGAUGCCAAAUGGGAAAUCACUGGAGAAAAGUAAAAGCUACCAGUCUGGUGAUGAAGACUUUGAGUUCUCAGAGGGAGACAGUGCCUCCGGCUAUGACGCCUCACGCAGUUCAUACCCCAUGAGGGUCACCUACAGAGCAGGAGCUGGCAUUGAGAACCCUGCCUUCAUGCCGGACAUGGACCCCAUGGCCCCGGUUCAGAUCCCCCCGUGGCUGGCGGAGGCCGAGCUCGACUCCGGCGUGGUCGCUCCUUCGCAGCGAGCCCAGGUGAGGCUGCCUUGGACGCCCGGCGACCUGCGCCGCCUGGCCCCGCUUCGCAUCAGCGCUCGCUCCACCGACUCCUUCGUGCUGGCCGACGCUCCGGCCACGCAGCAGAGGGAGGACGAGGAUCUGCCUCCGCCUCCGCCCCCGCCCCCUUCCAGCGGAGACGGUGGCCACAUGUAGCAGCAUCCCGACCCCCCCUUCUCCCUUUAACCUGGCUGCCAGAGACACAGAACCCAACCUCAGACCUUGCACCUUCUACCCUCAAAAUACUGACUAGGCAAUGCUUUCUUGUCCGUGCCACUCUUUAAUCUCAGUCUCGCGUUUUCAAACGAAACAUUCACAGUCCCAUCACUUGUGUGUUCUCGAGGUAGCUUCUCCCGUCGCUCUAAUGUCAGCCUUCAACGAGCAAAGGAAAGCUGCGGGUAAAGCGAGAGAUCCUUUAGGCACGGUGGCAUGUUUUCUUUUUUUUUUUUUUACCAGCACAUGCUGAACAUUGUCAUAUUUUCUCCUCCGGUUCAUAGUCAACCAUUUUAAAAAUUGUAGAUCGGCCCUUAAGGAGUACCUCGUUCCUGAAUGUGAUGCAAAAACCUUUUUCAAGCACUGUAGAUAUUUAUAGAUUGUGUUGUUUAUAAAGAUAAUAAAACGGGGGCUUUAAUUAAGAGUUCUAUGAAAUCAAAUCCAACUGUAUAAUCUGAAUUUAGGGCUUUCUUGUUUUUUUCCUCAUGUGUCUCAGAACAGUACUUGAGGUUGAAUACUGAACUUGAAUAAUAAGACCAUUGUAAAAAUGUGACUUGUAUAAUAAAGAUAUAUUUAUUCACAAAUGACGUUUUAAAAAAAAGGUGUGGACACGUCCACCGUCUCAAACCUGCGCACAGUCCAACUGUUACAAACAUUUUAUGUACCUCCAACAGAGAACACUGACUGGCUGGGCGUGGUUUUGAACUGUAUGCAUUUUCAAAUAUGGACUUAGAAAUAAAAAUGUA